AUCAGUACUGUACAUGCACUCAGUACUGGCGAGACCACUGACACUGUGACAGAGUAUUUUUGCUUAUUUUCGACUGGGUUAGGUUGCAAAGAAUGUCACUGUUUUGGCAGUUUCUAAGUUAAAAUGACUACCACCAAUACCACGCAUGCAUCUCCAAGAGAUAAUGCACUGCGGUUUUGUUUUGCUGGCAUUGGUGGCAUGUGUGCAUCUUUUGCAACCAACCCAGUCGAUGUGACCAAAGUUCGCAUGCAGCUGGAUGGUGAAUUGGCCAAUCAGCGUGGACAGCUCGGAAAGGUGUACAAGGCUCGUCACUACAAAGGCAUUGUAAGGGGUGCUGUGACUAUCGCAAGGGAAGAAGGAGUGUUGGCUCUGUACAAAGGCCUGACCCCUGCGUUGUUGCGUGAAGCCACGUACAGCACCAUUCGAAUUGGAGCCUACGAACCAAUCAAAGUGUUGUUUGGAGCCACAGAUCGUCAUCACACACCAUUGGCCAAGAAACUGGGAGCGGGAGCUACCUCAGGUGCAAUAGGCAGCAUGAUAGCUGUUCCUACCGAUCUCAUCCGUGUCCGCUUACAAGCCCAGGGUCAUUUGAGCACUGGAGAGCAGCCCAGGUAUCGGGGAUUCACCCACGCCUUCACUGAUAUCCUGAGGAAGGAAGGCUUUAGGGGCCUGUACAGGGGAACCUCACCCACAGUGCAGAGAGCUGUCAUAGUGACUGCAACACAGGUUCCGACAUAUGACCAUACCAAACACACAAUUCUCAACCAUGGCUGGAUGAUGGAAGGCCCAGCAUUGCAUAUAGUGUCUGCCAUGACAGCGGGCUUCAUGUGUGCUGUCACCACCUCACCCGUUGACCUCAUCAAGACCAGGGUCAUGAACCAGCAGAUCAAAGGUAUCCCGAAAAGUGAGAGAAGGUACCAGAAUGGUCUAGACUGCUUGAUCAAGACGGUGAAAUCAGAAGGAUGGUUGGGUUUGUAUAAAGGCUUCAUUCCAAACUGGCUACGAAUAGGUCCACACACUAUCGUCAGUUUCUUCCUCUUUGAGUAUCUCAGAAAGAAAGCUGGAAUCAAUCCAAUAUGAUGCGUGUGGGGAAUACUGAAAUACACUUGGUUAUAUGUCUGUGAAGCGGAGAUGGACCACUUGCCAGAGGGAUGAAGCUCAGUACAUAUUGUGUCAUGCAAGCAUUGAACACUCCAUUAAUGUGAAGUUAUGAUGAAUGCAUAUGAGUGCAUUGGUCCAUACCAUGAAUGAAUUAGUCUUUCCAUUGCAGGAAUGUGAAUCAUUCAUUAUGUGUUGUGCAACAUGUGAAUAAGUCUCUAGCAUCUGAUUACUAACUUACAUACACAUCAUUUUCCAUUCUCGCUGUGGAGUCGAAUGGCAACAAGAAGUCUGUGCAUGUUCAAAAAUUCCUCUCAGUGUUUACAGCAUAGAUGAUACGUGCCUUGCAGUGCCAUCAAUACAGCAACCCUGCACGGGGGAAUUUGGUAUUAUAUCAAAUGGUUUGAUUUGGUAGUUUUAUUACACUGGGUGCCAUGCCCUUGUGUGGAUGAAUAAUUUAUGUCAUGUUAUUGGCAAUUCACAAAUCAGAUGACAAGGAUUUAUUCAAAUGUUACAUAAACUGAAACUAGACAAAAAUCAAUAAAGGCUUUCUUGUUUCUGCGUUAUGUGUUGGUACUAGCAUUAAAUUAUCUUUACAUUUCAAAGAAUGCAGGUAAGAGAAAUAUAUUGAUGAAGGAACAAACACAAGAACAUGUAUUUGCAUUUUUAUAUAAAUGUAUGCACAAAAUGUAUGAGGUACAUGUAAUGCACAAUUAAUAGGGACAUGUGGAUUUUAGUCAAAGUUCAAACUGCAUCACUCAAAAGUGUUCCAAAGAGCUCUAGUGGGUAUAUCUUUUUAGCUUUCAAAUUCCCAAUCAGGUGUAACAAAAUUUGUAGAAAGCUUAUUGUAACAACCGCGACUCCUUACUUGACGUGAGAUGUUUUUAGUCUUGUUUUUAGUUUUGAGUCUAAGUAACCGAACUCAAGCAGUCGUUCUGGCCCAGUGCACAGACAAUUCAGACUUAAAAGAAGUCUUUGUUGUCAAACAGAAGUUGGUUAAGAAUACGAGUUUCUUUUAUUCUCAAAACUUCGCCUCAUGCAAAGCUCCUCACAGGCAAACAGACAGUUGGUGAGGAAAAUCCUCCUGUUUGCUAACAAGUAUUUCACUGCAGCAAAAUACUUCACAAAUCAAGUAUUUUCUCAACACGAAAACACUUCACAGGCUCAAAGCAUCGAAGCUGGUCUCAUCAGACUUUAGCUCUCUGCUCGCAAAGUUCCAACUCGAUUUCUCAACACACUUUCAGGGUUUUUAUACUCUACAAAUCAACUAUAUUAACAUAGUUACUGAAUAUAAGUCACAAGUAAAUUAUGCAGUAAGGUUACAUCACCCUGCUCUAAAGUGAUGACUAAUUCCAUUGACCAAUCAGAAUAAAACCAAAUGAUGUGAACUCAUGACAAUUUCUUAAUAAAGUUCCACCCCUUCAUUUCAAAGCAAUAUUAUUCCAUGAAACAAGGAAAGUUGUGGGUACACUGGCCUCCGCCCCCACAUUCCAAGUAGCUAACCAAGUUUUAUCAAUGGGUCAACUGGCCUUGGUGAACAUCUGGUGUUUGACUCAUUGACCACUACACUUUUCUGGAAACCUGUUCACAAAAUCUCAACAUUGUUACACUUACAUUUGUUUUUUAAUAAUAUAGAUGUAUGUUUAUAUUAAGGUAUUACUUCAUAUGCACAAAGACCAGUCAACUACUCUACCUCUUAACCACUUGCUGUCGGGUGUAAUUUGAAGUUGCAUGACGUAAAACUGGGUGAUUUUCAAAAUUUUCCAUUUUCAAAAUUCUUCACAAAAUCAUAGCUUCAUUUACUGGAUGUUUGCACCCACACAAACGACUGUCUUGUGGCUACUCUUAUCUAACAAACAACAUCUAUUGAUGCCCGAGUAUUUCAGCCAGGUCUGCUGCCUUGUAAAAAGAGCCCAGAUUGUGCAGUGUUAUGUAAUUUUGUAUUGUUCCGGGGAACCAUGUGUUGAAAUAGAGACGUUGUGGGGACCCAAAAUGUUACUGGGACAAAUUGUCCCCUCAACUCGGUCCCAACUUUCCUAACAAAGGAACCAUUCCUCAUAAUUUGGUGAAGGCCUGA